AUGGAUGCAUUAGCUGUUCAGCACUCCUCGCAGCGGACGAAUAGCAGCACGCCUGGCUCCCACGUUCUCUUACCCGACAACGACGAUCGCCGCGAUCCAUAUCUCCUCCCUAUCACCUUCCCGCCCAAUAGCAUCGACUCAACCUCUCCUGCACCGUUGCCUUCGAUGCGGCACAGCGGGCUUGCGUCGUCUGCUUCGCACAGGCGUAUCACCGACGACUGGGACGCCUCCGCUCAGAGUCAGACGUCAACCUCAUCGGCCUCGUCGCUCUUCACGUGCUCGAGCGCUCCGCUUUUAGGCUCGGAGGCACGCAGCAGCGUUCUCCUAGGCGAUACACGAGCCACGAGAGACAUGGAGGGAGUCGCCAUGCCUGACUCCACUGCCGUGGGAGGUGCAUUCUCACCGCGACACGGUGUUGUCGUACACCCUUCGACUCAGCCGAUAACCAAGUGCGUACCGGAACUCACCGCCGCAGAGAAAGGCCCGGAGAUGGAGGAGGUGCAGAGCUGCAUGACACUGUCGUCUACCGCAAGUUCACCAGAGGCGUCUCCUCUGACAGAAGCGGCGCCACCGCAGCCGUGGGUGCUUCUCUCAUCGUCCAGCAACGAAGGUCACUACGGGCAGCAUAAGGAUGAUGAGGUCGCGCAGCUGCUCUCCUGUAGCAGUUCCGUCCCAAGCCUCCCCACAGUGCUCACCUCGUCUGCGAUGGUUGGCGGGACCGCCGUCGAUGAGCCAUCCUCCCUGAGCCCGGCGCCGUUUAAACCUUCGGCCGCGACGGCGACAGCCACGGUGGCGUGUCGCACCAGAGCACUGAGCGACGCUGAACAGCCAGAUGUGCAGCGCGACGUUCAUGCCCGGCUCUACAUGCCACUCGGGUCGGACUUCACCGGUGGGUUCACCGACCGUACGGCUGCCCCUCCGCCAACUUCAACUAGAGACGCGCAGCAUCGCUGCUCGCUGCCUUCAUCAGAGGAGCGCGCUCCACUACUGGACGGCAUGGGUUCCAAUGAUAAAGAGGCCGUGGAGACGGCGCCAGCAGCUCCGCCAGCCACCACCACGAACGCAGCAGCAGAGCCGGCGCUGUCGAGUGAGCAGCGCUACGCCUUCCAUGUGACGGUUAAGGAGCACCACAGCGCCUUUAUCACUGGCGGCGCCGGAACGGGCAAGUCGCACCUGCUUCGCACCAUCAUUCGUGCCUUACCUGCCUCUUCUACCUUCAUCACCGCGACGACAGGCAUUGCCGCUCUCAACCUCAGCGGCUCGACGCUGCACAGCUUCGCCGGCUGCGGCAUUCCCAACCGCAGCAGCACGCGCGACAGCCUACUGAGCAGUGUUCUCAGCAAGCAGCGCUGUGUGCGCAGCUGGCGCAUUUGCCGCGUACUUAUCAUCGACGAGGUGUCCAUGCUGGAGCCAAGUUUCUUUGGCCUGAUUGACUACAUUGCCCGACACGUGCGCAACCGCCCGCACGAGCCGUUCGGCGGCAUCCAGCUGAUCCUCUCGGGUGACUUUCUCCAGCUCCCGCCAGUGUCGCGCGAGCGGCGCGACAGCAGCCCGCAGUUCUGCUUCGAGACGGAGUCGUGGUGGAAGGUUAACCCAACUGUAUGUCUCCUCUCAACGCCGUUCCGCCAACGCAACCUGCGCUUCUUUUCCAUCUUGAAUGAGAUGCGCUUUGGGGAAUUGCAGCCGGACUCAGUCGAGCUGCUCUACUCAAUGGACACGACAGAGCGGGUGCACUUUGUGCAACGCACAGACGUCACCGCGAGUUUGAAGGUGGGGAGCGGUGAUGGCCCAUCGGUGGUGCGUGUAGGCCACAAGCGGGGCGCCGAUGUGAGCGCGGAGGCUGUCUCACGCGGCGCAGCCACUUGCAAGACGGAAGUGUCGUCCACGAGUAUGCAGCAGACGCGACUGGAGCUUGUCAACGGCGCCGGUCGCGCCAUUGAUGCUCCGUUCGAUGGCUACACAAUCCUCCGUGCCACCCGCGCCGAGGUGGACGCGGAAAAUCAGAAGUACUACCACCAGCUCACCACCGAGGAAUUCGUGUACCGAGGCUUCCACACAGGCAGGGGUGCCUUCCCGGAUGGCGCGCUGGCAAAGGUCGUGCAACUGCGCAAGGGCUGUCGUGUUAUGCUCAUCAAGAACUUCGACUCUCGGUUGGGGCUCGUUAACGGCAGCACCGGCACUGUCACUGACUUUGUCAGCUUCGCCGGCGGCUACUACUUCAAAGCCCAGGGCAUCUGCGCCGACGACGCACGCUCCAUCUGUGUUGGGCGAGGCAACGACAUGGAUCAACGGCACACAAUGCUGCCUGUGGUAGCCUUUGACCUGCGCCGCGCUGAUGGCACCGUGACCUCACGUGAGCUCGUUGUGGAGCCGCAGGAGUGGAAGGAGAUGCUUGGAUCGCGCGAGGUGGCGCGCUCGGUGCAGAUCCCGCUCAUCCUCGCCUACGCCAUCACCAUACACAAGUCGCAGGGGAUGUCGCUGACGCAGGUGGAUAUCGACUUCCAGAAUGUAUUUGAGUCUGGUCAGUCGUACGUGGCGCUUUCAAGGUGCACCGAUAUGGCCUACGUGCGACUGCACGGGUUCGAUGCCCAUCGCGUCAGCACAAACGCCACUGCUCUUGCGUACUACAAGGCGCUGGCUCUUCAGCAGGAGCGGCUGCGCUGGCGUCGUACUCAUGUGCCACAGGUGGUGGCUGCCGAGGAGGCAGUAGAGGCAUUCAGCUGCACACCGUACAGGUAUGCGCUUCCAAGCGAAGCCCAGACGCUGGCACGACCCAGGAGAGAGGAUCGCACGACAGGGUUCAUCUCCACCUCCAAUACGAUCUCCUCCACGUCCCCAUCCACGUCGUCUAGCUGCGCCUCUUCGUCUGACAGGGCCGGUCUGCAACCCAGGGAUCUCGACGACGAGGACGUGGUCCCCAAGAACGAGGGGAGGAGAGAGAGACACGGCGGCAACGACGGCGAAGGAUGUACACGAAGGGGGUGCGAAAAGCUCCACCGACGCUGGGAUCGAGGAGGCUGUGCAUGGACGGACAAUCAUCGUGAGGCGCACAUGCGCGCGUACGCGCAUGACGGGCUUGGCGAAGAACCGAAUGACAGCAGCGACAAUGGGGGUGACGGCAUGAACGAGACGAUGCGGCUAGACAAGCUACGGCGCCGCAUCACCCCACUACUGGCGAUGGCGGCCAUGGUGAAGCACCUUGUCACACGGCAAGCGAUGCCACUACAUUGCGUCUGCAACUCGCGCAUCGUCGUCGACAUGCACGCACUAUUUCAGCUGGUGACGGGGCCGGAGUCGUCAGCGGCGUUCGAUGUGCUCUUUGCCGAGCACGACAACAUGAUGCGGGUGCCGCUGUGCGUCCACACACUCGUCACGGAGGCCGCGUCAUACCGGAGCUGCUCAGAGUCCCUCAGCCCAUUGACGUCACCCCAUAUGCCCGUGGCAAGUUCAAACAACCGUCUCGGUGACGCUCUCGUGGGCUACGACGCCUUCCGAGUAGACUCAGGUGGCGCGAAGUACGAGUCGGUCGAUGCCCCGCUGCUUGCAGCCUCCUACGUGGCAGCCGAGGCUCUUGCGGUGAUGGAGCGGGCUAAGCAGGACUUUAUCCUUGAUGUGCAGCGACCGGAGCAAACGUGCGCGCUGCCGGAACCGAACCCCAGCUGGCGGAGGUUCACGGAGGUGUUGCCGUUGCUCUGCCGUCGAGCGGUGGAGGCUCAAGUGAACGGUGGGGCAAGGCUCACUGCUGCGAAUGAGGCGGAUGAUACGUGCGACGAAGUGGAUUUCAUCCUCAACCGCGACCCCCGCGAGGCUCUCCACCACCGCGCCAUCCUCGAGUACACCAUGUACCUGCAGGCCACCUUCGGCCAAGGUGUCGUUAUUUGCACCGACUCCGUCCUACUGGCCGCGUACGCCUUCGCGUGGGGGCUGCGCGUGGUGUCCAUCGACUACCUGUGCAGCCGGAACAGCGGCGGCGAUGGGGUGGUUGCCUGA